AUGAUUUCUGUACCGAAUGAUAGUAGUGCACUGUCCGGGCUGGACCCAAUAGCUAAGAGACGGCGCAUAGCUGAGGGGCUCUGGGGCCUACAACUACAAAGCACCAGCCGAGUGGAUCAACUCAGGGCUUACUUCGAACAUUUCCAAGACCAGGCUGGCCAGCUUAACGUUUCGAUGGACGAUGUAUUCACCGCAGCAGAAAUUCUAAAGGAAAGCCCUGACUCGACACGCCAGAAUUUGAGAAAUACCAUAAUCUCAGCAUUAGGACAUGGCCGAGGUAUCAGGAAUACUACGACGAGCCAGAUACAGAGAGGCAAUGGGGCAUCUGUACCUCAAGAUAUCACAACCCGGGACAGCGAGAUAGAAGAGAUUAUUGUUGCCACCCUGAGAGUAAUGCUAGCAGUUAAUAUCAACCUUGACUCGAGGACAGUAUUUCUGGCGACCCCUGGUCUUAACUGGGGCGAAAGUCAAUCUCUAACAAGUUUCUUGAAAGAGACAUUCCCAAAGCACGCCUACGAUGACGAGCCCCAUACCCCCUUCAUGGUCAGUCGACUUCGCGCACGUUAUCUGGAGGACCAUGCCGACGUUCAACUGGAGUGGACUCAUCACCUCCCUGACCAUCUGAUGCUGAACAUAGGCAGCCAGACCAAAACCUUGAGAGUUUUUGACCUGGUGUCCCUGCUGGAGAUUACAUACGAGGUGAUGAAAAACGAACCAUGGGACACAUCUGUUGAAGAUAGUUUGAAACGAGGAUGCUGCACCCCAGCAUUCCUUUAUGAAACUCUCCAGACUAUUCGAUUGCUCUUCCCACCCCAAGACCAACAAUGGCUCGAUCGAAAAAUCGACUUCAACUCCCGCUGGUGCCGCUGGAGAGGCAAUGAUGUCCGACUAGUAGAUCGAAGGAUAUCAGCGCCGCUCAAGUGUCACCAUGGAGAGACUGUGUACGAAAGACCACUUACUACACGGCGAGAGCUUUUUGAGAGAUACCCUCACUGGGCGGUUCGAUUACACAGCCUAUAUGCUGAGUCUGAAGAUCCUGCACCUGUUUCUAGACCAGGACGAUGGGCGCAGCGUAAAAGAUCGCCGAGGCAUACGUUCUGGCUGACAUUUAUUGCGUUGGUAGCAGCGGCACUGUUUGGGAUUGUAGCGACGAUAAUUGGAGCGGUACAGGUUUGGAUAUCGUGGUGUCAGUGGAAAGGUCAAGGUUCCUCCAUUUGUUAA